AUGUCCGAAACAGCCGCCGCACCCCUCCGCUGGGUCCCGCUCGAGUCCAACCCGGAGCUCUUCACAGAGUGGUCCCGCGGCAUGGGCCUCGACACCAGCCGGUACACGUUCCACGACAUCUUUGGCCUCGAUCCAGACCUCCUCCAGAUGGUCCCGCAGCCCGUAGAGGCGGUCCUCCUCCUCUACCCAACCACGCUCGACACCGCACAGAUGCGCAACGACGAAGAGGCCACCACGCAGGAGCACGGCGCCAACGAGGCCGACGGAGACACGAUCUGGUUCAAGCAGACCAUCGGCAACGCCUGCGGCACCAUCGGCCUCCUGCACGCCCUCUCCAACUCGAGGGCCAUCGACGCCUUCCCCAAAGACAGCCCGCUCCGACGCCUCCUCAAUCAGGCAAGGCCGCUCGACCCCAAGCAGAGGGCGCAGCUCCUCGCAUCCUCAAAGGAACUCGAGUCCGUCCACUCGUCGACCGCCAGCGCAGGCCAGACGGCCGCACCGCAGGCCACCGACGACAUCAUCCUCCACUUUGUCUGCUUCAUCCGCGACAAGGACGGCGACCUCGUCGAGCUCGACGGCAGCAGAAAGGGCCCGCUCAAGCGCGGCAUCAAGGUCGACACCCAGGAAGACCUCCUCCCCAGGGCCGCCGCCUUUGUCCAGCAGCACUACAUGGCCAGGAACCCGAACGAGGUCAACUUCAACCUCAUCGCCCUCGGACCGGCCUCUGACUUCUAG